UAUAUAACCAAGUCCUACUUCCCUUCCAACCAACACAAACACAAGCAUCAAUUAAUCAGCUCUGUCAGUUCUUCCGAUACAGAUCAGUGUCCCCGAACCCAAGGAGCCAACGCAUCUUGAGGAGAAUCUAUGGCUGGUGCAGCGAAGGCGUCGUGGAUGGUGGCGAUGAGCGUGGGGGCCGUGGAGGCGCUCAAGGACCAGGCCGGGCUCUGCCGCUGGAACUACGCUCUGAGGUCCAUCCACCGGGCAGCCAAGGCAAACGUGCAGUCAAGGGGCGGACUCUCGCAGGGCCAGAAGCUGUCUCCUGCCGCGGCGAUGGCGGAGAAGACAGAGGAGGGGCUGAGGACCGUCAUGUACCUCAGCUGCUGGGGUCCCAACUAGUAGCAAUUCUAGUUAGCUAGUGGUGUUCUUAGCUAGCAGCAGCCGUGCAUGGCUUGGCGCUGCUGGGUUGCCACCGGAGUCCGGUCUGUAAAUAUGGAGUACAACGGUACAAUAUGUACUUGGAUGAUGAUGAAAACUUCUGCCGCGUUGAGUUCAGAA